ACUGACCAUAGCAACACAAAAGAGGCACACGCACUGGCAUUGUCGGUUUUGUUGUUGUGUGAUUGAUGGUUUUGUUGUUAAAUCGAUGCGUAUUUGAUGGUUUCAGAUUUGAAUACAUUAAACCGAAAUCACAAUGUCUAUUGCUACGGCACAGCCUCGCCAUGUUUUUGGCUUGAAGGGAAAGGUUAAUAACAACAUUUGUUAUGUGGAUGAGCAAACAAUAGUUUAUCCAUCAGGAGCCAAUACUGUAUUGUAUAACAUUGACCAAAAAUCCCAAAAAUUCAUCGCUGGAUCUGACAAAAGUCUCGGCAGCACAGCUAUGUGUGUAAGUCCAAACCGAAGAUACAUUGCUAUCGCUGAGAAGGGCAGUGAAAAGGCCACCAUCACCAUUUACGACCUGCAUUCACUCAGGAAGCGUAAAGUUCUAAGUUCGCCAGACGUGCUAUCACUUGAAUUCAUCAGCCUCGCCUUCUCACCCGACUCAAAAUAUCUGAUUGCUCAGGCAGGGAGACCGGAUUGGACGCUACUGUAUUGGACUUGGGAGAAGUCAAAGGUCAUGGCAGUGACUAAAACUUCAAAUCCAGCAAACAAUGAUAUUUAUCAGGUGUCUUUCAACCCACAAGACAAUACACAAAUCUGUGUGGUUGGAAACGGUAUCUUCAAGCUCUUCCGUUACAGCGAAGGCAACCUUCGCCAGUUUGCCUUCCAGAAGCUAGAGCCACAGAAUUACUUGUCUCAGGCUUGGGUGUCAGAUGACAGGGUGAUCGUUGGAACAGACAACGGCAAACUCUUUUUGUUUGAAUCAGGGGAACUGAGAAAUGAUUUUUCAAUUGUAUCACCAUCAUCAAAAGAAAGUAAACAAAUUGAAAGGAUGGGAAGUAUUGCAGAGGGUGACAUAGUACCUGAAGGCCCACCGCCUGUUACAGCUAUCGUUGCUUAUUCAAAAGGGUUUGCAUGCUCAGGAGGAAUUGGCACAGUUCAUCUAUUUGAGAAGACUGAUGACAAAGACAACUACAAGAAAGCCAGAGAAAUCAAGAUUCCUCAAGAUGCCAUUGGUGCGGAUCCAACAAGGCAAGAAAACCACACGAUAAAGACAGUGACUGUGAGCCCUUCAGAGGAAACCUUGGUUUGCAGCACCGUCACAAACCAACUGUAUUGCAUGACCCUCUCCAGUGCUGACUUGGGAAAGCAUGGUGACCAAGCGACAUUUGAACUGCUCUCGCAACCCUUCCAUUUUGGUAUUAUCAGCGGCUCGGAUGUGUGCAUCCGCAAGCCCCUCAUAGCCACCUGUUCUGUUGAUAGAUCCGUCCGCAUUUGGAAUUAUGAAACAAAUUCCAUUGAGCUGCAUAAGGAAUUCCAAGAGGAAGCCUACAGUAUAGCCCUCCACCCAUCUGGUCUCUUCAUCCUUGUAGGUUUCAGUGACAAACUGAGGCUCAUGAAUCUCCUUAUUGAUGACAUCAGAACAUUCAAAGAGUUCACCGUCAGGGGGUGCAGAGAGUGUGCAUUCAGCAAUGGAGGUCACAUGUUUGCUGCUGUUCAUGGUAACGUCAUUCAGAUUUACUCAGCUUCUACAUUUGAGAUCAUCAACAACUUGAAGGGGCACAAUGGCAAGGUGCGUUCUAUUGUAUGGAGUACCGACGACAGCAAGCUAGUCAGCUGUGGUAUGGAUGGUGCUGUGUACGAGUGGAACACCUUCACUGGGAAACGUGAAGGAGAGAGCGUACUCAAGUCAUGUAGCUACACCUCUGUCACGGUAACGCCAGAUGGAAAGACCACAUUUGCAGUCGGGUCUGAUCGCACUUUGAAAGAAAUCACGGAUUCACAGAUAUUACGUGAUGUUGAGGCUAGCGAGGUGACAUUAACUCAAGUGGUAAUGUCUCACAAUGGACGGAUGCUGUUUGCAGGUACAUCAGCCGGUACCCUGCGUUCAAUGAAAUACCCUUUGACCUCGCCCGGUGAGUGGACAGAGAGCAUGGCACAUGGAUCAGCAAUUACUAAGAUGCGCAUCAGUUACGAUGACCAAUACCUGAUAACUGUAUCAGAAGAUUCUGUGCUCAUGAUCUGGAAGAUUACCGACAAAGAGGGACGUGGUCUGAAGAGAGAUAAAGAGCUGGGCUAUGCAGAAGAAAUCCUCAUCACAAAGUCGGACUUGGAGGAAAAGAACUCAGUAAUGGCAGAGCUUAAGACUAGAGUAGAGGAGCUCAAGAUGGAGAAUGAAUAUCAGCUACGUCUCAAGGACAUGAACUACAAUGAAAAGAUCAAAGAAUUGACGGAGAAGUUCAUCCAGGAGAUGGAGUCACUUAAAACUAAAAAUCAAGUUUUGAAAACGGAUAAAGACAAGGAAGAGGCCCGGCAUGAGGAACAACUUUCGGAAUACAUGGAGAAAAAUUCAAAAGAAAUUCAAGACCUCGAGCUUGCCAACAAUCAAAAGCUGAUGAUCGAAUACGAGAAAUACCAAGAGCUUCAAUCCAAGUCACAAAAAAUGCAGGAAGACUAUGAAAGGCAACUACAAGAAAUGGAAGAGUCUAAAGAACAGGCCUUGGAAGAACUUACUGAGUACUACCAAACAAAGCUACAAGAGAAAACCACACAGCUUGAACAGGCAAAUGAUGAAGCUCGACAUCAGCUACGAGAAUAUGAGGAAACAAAGAAACAAAUUGAAGAAGAUGCUGACCGUGAGAUUUUGGACAUCAAAAACAAGUAUGAACGGCGUUUGCGAGAUGAGAAAGAAGCAAAUAUGAGAUUGAAAGGGGAAACUGGCAUCAUGAGAAAGAAGUUUACUAGUCUACAAAAGGAAAUUGAAGACCACAAAGAUGAAAUCAAGAAAUUACAGAAUGAGCAGAGUAAACUUCAAAGUGUCAUCAAGUCUCUAGAAAAAGACAUCUUUGGACUGAAGAAGGAGAUUCAAGAACGUGAUGAGACAAUUCAGGACAAGGAAAAGAGAAUCUAUGAUUUAAAGAAGAAAAACCAAGAACUGGAGAAAUUCAAAUUUGUUUUGGAUUACAAAAUCAAGGAGUUGAAGAAGCAGAUAGAACCAAGAGAAAACGAUAUCAAGGCAAUGAAAGACCAGAUCCAAGAGAUGGAGAGCGAGUUGGAGAGAUUCCACAAACAGAACACACAACUUGAACUAAACAUCACAGAACUUAGGCAGAAACUUAAGGCCACUGAGAAAGAGAUGUACUUUGAGAGACAACGGGUGCGUGAUUCAGAAGCUAUCAUGAAGCGUUUCAAGACUGACCUCCAUAACUGCGUUGCUUUCAUUCAAGAGCCUAAGAAGCUGAAGGAAAGCAUCAAACAACUUUAUGCUAAACAUGUGCAAGAUGAUACGCCGGAAUCUGCUAGUGUUGAUGCGGACAUUCAGAGGGAAUACAGCCGACAACGUAAGCAUCUCGAACAGAGCGUUGCUUCACUGAGGAAGAAGCUCACUAAAGAUACAGAGAUUCAUCGUGCUGAUAACGUCCGGAUCAUGCAGGAGAAUGUCUCUCUAAUCAAAGAGAUAAAUGAUCUAAGAAGAGAGCUAAAGAUUGCCAGAACACAGGUACAUGAUCUUGAAGCAGCCCUUGGUAUCAACAAAAACAAACCACAGCAAGAUUCUGGCAACUUUGCAGAUAACUUCCCGAUGUCAAACUCACUGUCAAGCCGAGAAGGCAGAACCGAGGAGAACAUUCGCAUCAUUGAAAUGCAGCGUAACGAGAUCAAAAAGCUUCGUACUCAGUUGCAUGACGUGGAAUUGGUGUCGCGGCCUCCUUCAGGAGGCAAACUUCCUCCCGUUUUGGCUCAGUAACCUGAGCCUUUAAUGCCUUUCUUUUAUAUCACCAAGUGUAAAUGUUAUAUUUAGAUCUUGAAGUGGACGAAUAUUAAAAGAUUCCUUGGAUGAAUUUGGAUACUAUGACUGUAUUUACUGUAAAUAAAACAAUGAUCUAUGAGAAAUAUAUUGUAGUUAAUUGAUUAAUACCUAUGAAAAGAUUAUGAUGGUUUAAAAAGAAAUUACUGUACUACAAAUGGGUAGCGUAUUUAUUUCCAGUUUGGCCUUCCAAGUACAGAACAAUUAGUGAUGGUACUUCGUUCCUUGUCAAACUUCUGAUCAAAACAAAACUUUAUGUUUCACAUUUCAUAGAGUGACAAGUCCUCGAGAAGGUUACGCUUGAUACAAAUGUGACAUGGGUUCUAAAAAACUCAAAACACCUUUUAAAAAUAAGGCAUCAAAACACCUUUUAAAAAUAAGGCAUAGGCCCCUAUGGACCACAUGCAACCUUUAAAAAAUAAAUUUUUCCCCAGAAUAUCAGUCAUAAAUUGUAAAAAUUGCUCCCAAGUGUUUCCUUAAUAACUUUCUGUGUAUUGAAACCAUAAGAAUUAUUUUCCAAGAAAGAGAGCAAAUUGUUUUGUUCAGGCUAAUUGCCUAUUAUCUUUCCUGGCAAAUGAUAUAUAUCUUGAAUGCCAAAUAAAUAUUAUUCAAUAUAUAUUUAAUCAAAAUAAUAUUAAUGUAAACGUUUAAUGUUUAGCAUCCUGAUGCCAAAUCGGGUUUUCUAAUUUUAACAUUGUUAUACUUUAUUACUUUAUUAUCAUAAAUAUCUUUUUUCAAUUACAUGACAUAACUUUAAUUCACUUAAAAUAAUAUACUGUAUAUAAAAAGACUAUAAUAAUUCCCUGUCUAGUUUUAGCUGUUCUUUUUAAGCAUCACACACAUAAAUAAUAUACAUGAAACCACCAAUUCCAGGACACUCUGUUCAAACAGGUUUUUAUUCAAUAAUAUACAAUUAUUGUAAUACGCUGUGUAUCAUACAAUUACAUUGUAAAUAAAUGCAAUUAAUUUUGCCUGGCAA